AUGAGCGAGAGAAAAGCACCCGGGGCGAUGACUGGAAUCAGCCAACCCUCUGCUGGACAAGGGCGUCAAGCUCAACAAAAGAUGGCCCCGAAAUACGAUAAGAAGAACAACCAGCCGGAGGACUUCGACAUCGACAUGGAGGACCCCGAGACCGCCAAGGCAGCUGUGGCCAUCCAGUCCCAGUUCAGGAAGUACCAGAAAAAGAAGCAAGAUGUGAAGUGA